AUGAGUAGGUCGCACCCGCGAAGCAAGCUAGGGGAUGGUAGAGAAGAUUAUUUCUCAGAAAAAGAAGCCAAAAAUGUCCAUUGGCCACACAAUGACGCCCUCGUUAUACAGGCCUGGAUCGACAAUGCCGAAGUGCAGAGGAUAAUGGUAAACACAGGCAGCUUGGUGAAUGUAAUGUACAGAGCUUGCUUUGAUCAAAUGGGACUAGGGCUGGAGCAGUUGAGCUCAUCCCCGGAGCUACUCUAUGGGUUCACAGGUGAUGUGGUGGUCCCUAUUGGGAAUAUUAGUCUCCUUUUUACUAUUAAAGAUGUAGAUCGUCAGGCCACCACGUUGGCAGAAUUUCUUAUUGUAGACUGUCCUUCAGCAUACAACGUCAUGCUCGGGAGGCAGGCAAUGAACGACCUAGAUCUAGUCACCUCAACCAAGUCACUGAUAGUUAAGUUCCCAACCCCUAAUGGAGUAGGGACCACAUGCCUAGUGGAAGAGCUCGAGGAUAUCCCAAUUAGUGAGACAGAUGAGGAAAGAUGCCUCAAGUUAGGGAGGAAUCUGGCCCCCGAGGUAAAGUCCCAACUUACUAAUUUUCUUAAAGCUAAUCUCGAUAUCUUUGCAUGGAAUCAUGAGGAUAUGGUAGGAAUAGCCCCAGAGGUUAUGUCACACAGGCUUAACGUAGAUCCCGGCUAUAAGCUAGUGCAUCAGAAGAGGAGGCCAAUGACUAUUGAGCGUUAUGCCACUUUUAAAGAAGAAGUGGAUAACCUCUUGGCAAACGAGUUCAUUAGAGAGGCCUACUACCAAGUCUAG